UGCCAACAUAUAAACUGACAUGGCGUCCCUUCUAACAGACCCCUUGUUUGAAGUCUCUGGACGGGGACCUGCACCCAUUCAGAGCUUUUAUCAUUUUUCUGUCACUAAGUCAGAUGUGAUAUGGAGAUGGUGGAAGAUAUCUCCAAGAAUUGUAGACAGGUACUCCAAGCCAGGGGAGCUGAAGCAAUCCCAUGAGGACUUCUUGGAUGACACUUGGCUGCACAGUGAGGUCCGCAUGGUUUUCGGCCUUCGAAUCUUAGAGUACACCACAGCUUUGUGCCGAGGCCAUUAUGAUUAUCUGGAGCACUUGUCUGAUUCCUUACUUCUGCGGAUAAUAAAUUAUCUGGAGCUUGAGGAUGUGGGUCAGCUGGGACGAACAUCACGCAGGUUCAGAAAGCUGUGUGGAUCAGAGGAGUUUUGGGAACAGGCGGUGCAUCGGCAUUGCAACACCGUUUCGGCUGAGGUGGCAUCUCUGGCAGUAGAAGUGGGGUGGCGUACUAUUUUCUUCACCAACAAGUUACAGUUGCAGAAGUUGAUCAGCCGCAGGAGGCUCAAGACCAAGGGGCAGACUCCUGACUCAGACACGAAAGAAGAAGAAUCUCCUGGCGAAAGCUUGGAGACAAAUCAGGCAUUCUGUUCUGAGGAGUCUGACCUUGACAUCUGCAGUCUUAAACCUGGCACUGGCACUGGCAGUGGCUUGGAUUCCAGCUCUCGCUGUGAUGUUGACCCUGAUCCUGGUUCUGAACCACAGUCUGGCUCUGAUUCAAGCAACUCUGUGACUGACCAGUUCUUGGAGGGCACAAGGUAUCAGGUUGAAACCCUUACUCAGAGCAGAGUACUGAGCAGUGGAGUAGGAGACUACAGUACAGAUCCAGACAAGAUACUGAGUUAAUCCUUUUAUCAGAUGUCCCCUAGUCAUGUGGUUUAGGUUUACUGUUAAAGUAAUAUGCUGUCUCUGCAUAUUCAGCGUCCAUAAAAUUAGUUGUGUGUAGUUUAUCUAAAGAUGUUUUCUUUCAUUGAUAAAAUGUAAACUAAUUUGUGCUUGUUUUAUCAUCUGCAGUUUGUUGUUCCAUAACUUUUCUCACUUAGCAAUUGAGCAUAGUCCAAAAUUGCUGUAAAAUACAUUGUGGAAGUGUGUAGCUAAUGUAAAACAUUGUAGGUUGAAAAUAGAAAUAAAUUUAAUCUAAAACAUGCA